UCUCUCAAUAACUCAUUUUCCUCUAUGCAGUCUCUCUCUCCUGCAUAGAAUGGAAGAUCAACAUCACCAUCGUUGCCAUUGCUUCUUGCCCAUCCCCUCCUAUGGGAGAGAAUUCAUGCUUCCUUUCAUCAUUCUCCUCACGUUCGUUUCGUGCUUUCUGUUUCUAGGCACCCAACCUCUCUCCCUCCUCCGCGAAGUCGCUGCCGAAAAGCUCAGCUUCUUGGCACCGGAUCUCUCCAAUUCAAGUACCAACAGCAAGACUUCUAUGAAUGUCAAUAGUAAAUGUGAUUUCUCUUAUGGCCGGUGGGUUCAAGACGAGAACUACCCAUAUUUCGAUUAUGCAGGAAAUUGUGCAUUUCUCGAUCCUGGCUUUAGGUGCCACGACAAUGGCAGGAAAGACAGGGAUUACCUGAGGUGGAGAUGGCAACCUGCAGGCUGUGAUCUUCCAAGAUUCGAUGGAAAGGAUAUGCUGGAGAGAAGCCGAAAUGGGCGCAUCGUAUUUGCAGGUGACUCCAUAGGAAGGAACCAAUGGGAGUCACUGGUUUGCAUGCUAGCUCAGUUUGUUUCUAACAAAUCAAGCAUUUACGAAGAGAAUGGAAAACCUAUAACAAAACACAAGGGGUAUCUUUCCAUCAAAUUCGAGGAAUAUAACUGCACAGUUGAAUACUACAGACUGCCUUUCCUCAUGCUCACAGGUUCCCCUCCUAAGAAUUCCUCCGUUAAGGUCAGAAGUGCAAUCAGAAUUGAUAAGCUCCAUUGGUGGUCAUCUGGGUGGGUGGGCUCAGACCUUCUCGUUUUCAAUGCUGGGCAUUGGUGGAACCAUGAGAAAACCCAAAAAAUGGGUUGCUACUUUCAAGAAGGAGAAGCUAUCAACAUGACAAUGGAUGUCAAAGAUGCUUUCCGCAAGUCCUUGCAGACAUGGAAGCAAUGGGUAGUUCACAAUUUGAACACUCAAGGGAGCCAUGUUUUCUUCCGAAGCUACUCUCCGGUACAUUUCAGCAGAGGUGGAACAUGGAAUGAUGGAGGUCAGUGUCAUGCUAAUACUCAGCCAGAGACUAAUUUAACAGAACUGGAAAGGGAGCCAUGGAAUAACCAAGUCAUAUCAGAAACUAUUGAGCACAUCAAAUAUGUCAAAAGAAAUGUGCAUUUUUUGAACAUCACAUACUUGACAGAGUUCAGGAAAGAUGGUCAUCCAUCAAUACAUAGAGAGGAAGGCAUACCUCCAAUCCAGCAAGACUGUAGCCACUGGUGCCUUCCUGGAGUGCCUGACACUUGGAAUGAGCUCCUCUAUGCCAACUUGUUGUCAAAUGGCUAUAGGACAGAUACAAACAAUACAAGGAAAAGUUGAGACUACAUGUAAACAGUAUCAACAUUUUACACGAAUUCAACCAAUCAGCCCAUCAAUUGCCUCAUG